UCCAUGAAUACAAAAAUCCAGCAUUGCCCUCGUCCUUCUCUUGCCGUGAGGCUCAAUGCAAUUGUUGAAGAAGACAGUUUGAAGAGAAACACCAAAGGUACAAAACCGAAGCAGUCGGUGAUGACGCGUCUCGCACGUUGCUCCAUCUCGACGCGUUUGUUUAACGGCACCGUCCUUUAGCACUGACUAAAGUGACGGUGACGUUGAAGAUGCAUAGGCGACGGAGUCCACCAAAGCACAGACACGAUGGCACUUCGCAGCUGCCUUUGGGGAUGGAUUGGAGCCCUCCGCCUCGAAAUUGGCAUGGCCAAGACACUGUUUGGCCACAUGAUCAUUGCACUGGAUGGAGUUACUGUAUCACAAUACCUUCGUGGGUUGUCUUACCAAAAUCAAGAGAUUCAGCUCCUGUAGUGUUUUACAGAGUUCAGGUUGGUUUACAAUCACCAGAUGGCAUCACAAGCACACAAGCAGUUUUAAGAAGAUUUAAUCAUUUUCUGAAGUUGUUUAAUGAUCUUAGAAAGGCAUUUCCCGAGAAAAAUCUCCCCCCAGCUCCACCUAAGGCACUGCUGCGUAUGAAAAGCAGGUCACUUUUGGAAGAGAGAAGGUGCUCUUUGGAGGAGUGGAUGACGAAGCUGCUGUCAGACAUUGAUUUAUCACGAAGUGUUUCUGUGGCCUCCUUUCUUGAACUAGAAGCCGCUGCUAGGUCCUCGUUUCAAGAUGUAAACCACAACUCAUCAGAAGCCAAUCCUUCUGGUUAUAGCACUGUACCUUCGCUUCAGAUGCCUACCCAUUCAAGUUCAACUCUUACUGCUAGCUCGUCAGUCACUUCAGAUUAUGGUAGUGAUACUGCUUAUGACACAUCUGAGGUUGGAACUCCAAGGCCAGGAAGGGAUGAUGGUUCAGAAAAUGGUGUUGAGGAUCUAACAUUGGAUGAAGAUUUUAUCAGUCCCAUUGAAAAGCUUGUGAAGUAUGGUGUUUAUAACAUUGACGAGGGAUUGUUCAUGGGACAGACUAUUCUACAGCACCUUGAAGGUUUUUCUAGGCAUAAAGCACAUGCUCGACAACCUUUCAAUAAUGUCAUAGGGAAGAAUACACAUAAUGGGAAUGCUUCUAAAGCUUCAUUUCUUGAUGGUAAUGAACUGGACCUUUACUCUGAACCAGAGCCUGCUAAGUUAAUUGGUCACACACGAAAGCAAUCAGCUGAAAGUGUUAGAAGUGACACAAGUUCUUUAAGAGGUAGUGAAAUGUCAAACUCUGGUGCUCCGAAUUCAUCUGUUGAUGGAUCUCUUGACCAUCAUGGAUGUGCUGAGGUUUCAAGCACAAUGGAAUUUGGCAAAACAAAUCUGCAGUUUUCAGGGGAUAGACAACUAGUUAUUCCGUUAAAUCAGCACCAUAAAUUGAAUAGGGCUCUUUCGACAAUGGAGCGGAGACUAGUAGCUGCUAAAACAGAUAUGGAGGAUCUUAUAGUCAGAUUAAAUCAAGAAAUAGCCGUAAAAGAAUACCUUAUGACAAAGGUUAAGGAUUUGGAAGUGGAACUUGAAACUUCUAAACAGAAAAGUAAAGAAAACCUGCAGCAAGCUAUUCUAAGUGAGAAGGAAAGGUUUACACAAAUGCAGUGGGACAUGGAGGAGCUUCAGCAGAAAGCUUUGGAGAUGGAGUGGAAGUUGAAGUCAGGACAGGAUAAAAAAUCAGAUACAGAGACAACAAAAGAAUCCACGAGCCAGGAGAAAGAUGCAGUGUUGCAGGAGUUGGAUUCUACUAAACAGCAACUUGAGAUUUUGUCAAAGCAAUACGUAGAGCUGGAAGCAAAGUCAAAAGCAGAUAUUAAAGUUCUUGUUAAAGAGGUUAAAUCUCUCAGAAGUUCGCAUAAAGAACUAAAGCAAGAGUUUAGUCAGUUGCUGAAUGACAAAUCUGAGACUAAGGAACACCUUCAACAGGAAAGAGAAAUGAGUGACAGAGUGAAAACUGCUAGAAAAAAGCUGCUACAAAGAUGCAGGAUUCUUCAUAGCCGGUUUCAGGAAUGCAAUACUAAUCUACUUAGUGAAAUUAAAGAUAAUUUUAUCUUAGAAUCUUCUUUGCUAGCAGAUGCUUUAGAGUUGUUGACUACAUCUGAUGACCAGAUUGCCCUCUUACAUGCAGAGGCACAACAAUUAGCAGAGGAUGAAGAAGUUGCUGAUCACGAUGCCAAUGAUGAUAAAGAAACAGAAGAGUUGAGGAAGAUGAUAAAAGAUAUAUUGACUGAGAAUGCUAAGCUGAGAAAACAGGUGAAUUCGGUUAUUCGUUGUGCCCUCAUGUCUAGAAUCAAUGGUGAGGCUGCCUAACGAUAGAAAACAUUUCACUUAACAAAUCACCAAGUGAAUGAGGUUGAAGUUGAAUAUAUUUUAUUUCAUAGAUUUUGUGUAUAAUGAUACAGCCCAUAACCCUCAGAAUAGAAACACGGGUGACAAUCGUUUGCUGUUUCAUGAAUACCAGUAUUGUCGCCCGAAUUUUGUGAUUCCAUUUGUUGUAUUCAUGCGGGGAGACCUGAAUACUUAGUAUAAGAUGACAGGAAAUGAAUGGUAUACGGUUGUUUCGUA